AUGAGGCACAACUUGUUGCAGAAUCUAUACGAAUCCCAGUUAGAAGGCAUCGCGCGAUGGCUGAGCUGCAACGGGGAGGUGUGGGGGAUGGGCCCGACGGUGGUGUUCGCGAGCGCAGCGGCGCUGUUCCUCUACAACGAGCUGGAGGCGACCAUCUUUAUAGCAGGCGACCACGCACACGUUUCGCCGCUCGAGAAAACUUUAGUGUCCACAAUGGUGCUCGGAAUGCUGGCACUGAUGAUACACCUCUGGGUGUGCUCAAUGCGCUUCUUUCAGUACUACCUGGACACUCUCAUUAAAGAUAGCCCCAACAUGCUAUUAGAGAUGACCACCGCUAGUCUCCUGGGUCAGACGGAUAUGGUUCCCCUGGGUCCGCUGACCCGCUUCCUUAAACAGCAACAGCCUCAAAUCCAUAUAACCGUGUGCUGGUUCCUGUCGCUGUGCUACGCCGACUACGUAAGGAAGCACUAUUGUCAACGAUUUAACAUGCCCUAUCUGGAACAGUGGCAAACAGAACUCCACGCGCGCGCUUCACACGGCGUGAACACCACCAUGCAGAAAGUGAACAGUUUCGUGGGAGCCAUCCAUCAGCGGCUGAGAGGCUACUCCGCUACGCCACUAACCUCUGACGCACAUACAGUGAGAGCUACUCGAGCCGCGUGCCAUGCUCGGGCACGUCCCAGAGUGCUCGCCUUCUCGGCAUGUCCAGUGACAGCGCGGUGGACGCGAUACAAAAACUCAGAACCUUUAUUACGGAAAACCGAUGUCCGUGUAGCAGUGCGCCGCACGCCGGCGAGCGUACUUCUAGCACUACCAUCAAAGGAAACGAUCAGUGAUCGCCGGCCCUGGUGGUGUCAAGAGUUGGAUGACAAAUAA